AAUUCUUCGAGAAGGAAUUGGCCAACGAUUCUUUCGCCGAUAGUCUGUUUUUUCGAAAGACUUCUAAACUUGAUGCACAUUCGUAUGAUAAGUUAGAGUGAAACAAAAUAUUCUUAUCUCACUUUAACUUAUGCAUCAUGUGUACCAAUUCAGGAAGUUCUUUGAGAAAGAAACCUCGACUUUCAACUUCGUGUAAACACAUACGCUCAUAAUGCAUACGAUAUGUUCCCCAAUAUAAGUCUAUAAUAAUAAAAUUAUAAUAUUGUACAAAUUUAUGCGCGAACACGAAAAGUGCAAUGACGACGUCCGAGUCGAUAUUAGGGACAUGUUUAUCAAUGUGUCCGGUAAAAGAGCAACGGAUGAGGGAGAUAGAAGGAUUAUUACAUAUAUAUGAAAUUGAUGAGAAAACAAGACAUAUGAAAAGACCCAAGGUUGACCCUGCCAAAGUAGUAAAGUGCUUUAGUCGGUCUGCUGCUGGUCAAGUUAUGACAAAUCCAGAUUCAUUACGUCCACCGCAUAUAUUGUUAUCUACCAUCCGAUACUUGUUUACAGAAAUAAUCACAAGAACAGAUUUAAACUGGGUGUUCAUAUAUGAUUUUAUUUUUGAUCGAUUGAGAUCAGUACGCCAAGAUGCUGUAAUCCAAAGAAUUGAUACUGCUGCAAAUGUUCGCCUCCUAGAACCAAUUACCCGUUUUCAUGUUUAUGCAGCACAAAGGCUAUGUGAGGAAAAUAUUUCAAAAUUUGAUGCAAAGAUAAAUAAUAAGCACUUGUUAGAAUGUAUCAAGCAUUUACUUGUGCUGUAUGAUGAACAAGACAGUAACAAUAGAAUUGAUGACACAAGUAUAUAUAAAGAUUUUGAUAAAAUGACAUUAAACAAUAGUCGAUCAGAAAUGGAAGCUUUAUACAUUCUCCUUCAUAUUGGAGAUCAAGAUGCACUAAAAAGAGCUCUUACACUUUCAUCGGAUCUGAAAAAUUCACCAGCAGUUAAAUUAGCUACACAAAUAUCAUUAUCUUGGUAUCUGAGAAACUAUGUACGUGUUCACCAUUUAGUUAAACAGCUACCUCCAAUACUGGCUUGUGCAUUCUUUUGUAAUUUACAGAGCUUCAGGAAAAAUGUUCUACAAAUUAUGAGUUCUGGUUAUAACAGCAAAGUGUUAACGUACCCAGGACUAAAAUUACAGGAACUGUUAUUUUACAAAGACAUAAGUAGAAUCCAGGCAGAUUGCAAGCUAUUUGGAUUAAUGUUUACUAACAAAAAUAUUCUAUUCGAGAAAUCACAGUUUGAUGACAAAAUUUUAUUGGCUAAUCCAGAGAUGUAUUACCCUAUUACUAUUUUACAUAAUCUUCUACCAAAAGUUCUUUUGGAAUGCACAUCUACAUAGCAAUAAAUGCAGAGUCAAGACUGUAACAUAUAUAAAUAAACUUAUAUCUAUUGAGAAUCACUGGACGAACUACUCGAAGAAUCUGUAGACAUAACUUCAACGUCUUCAGUCUCUUGCUUGUGUGUAUUCACAGCCACACUGCCUUGUCCACCAACAGACAUAUGAAUUUCUCCUGAUGGAUGCCAUGCAAAUUGGUUUGAUUGUGAAACAGGUGGUUCUGAAAUGGCAACAAAAGAUUGUAAAUUCAAGCCGAGUCCUGAGAGAAAUACAAUUAUUGUUUCAUUAGUUUU